AUGUGGCCAAAUUCAGAUACUUGGAAUUAUGUACAUGACAAAAUAAAUACAGGCUCGCAACUUAUAGUUGAUACAAGCAUACGAACCAGUGAAAAAUUACAAGAUAUUGGUUACAAGACAACUGAAAAAUUACAGGAUAUUAGUUGCAAAACAGGGGAUAAAUUAAAGAAUGUAUACCAUGAUAAACUUGUACCUAGUCUCAGUGUUGUAAAAGAUUCGAUUAGUCCAAAUACUUUACAACAUAACAAUAAUGGUAGUAACAUGUGCGAUGUUUCAAUUUCUGGUGUUAUUCCAAACUCUAAUUUUAUAUCCAGAAAUGUCUACAGGUUGGCUAUGAUAUUGGAUGACACUCCAGGUGACUUCAGCAUCAAACUGUUUAAAAUAGCGUGUAUUUUAGGUACUUCGUCACUUUUAUUACACACCAUUAAUAAGCAAGUUUUCAAAAAAAAAGUUUAUUAUUUAGAUUAUAAGGACUCCAAUAAAGUUAUUUUGGUAUUGGGUAGUAUGAUAGAUCCAAUCACUAGGAAUCAGGUCUAUGACUUAUAUAAAAGAGGAUUUAUAAUUUAUGUUUGUUCUACCACUACUGCUACUGCUACUGAGGAUGAAUCAGAAAAUUCUAGCACAUCGAUUAAAGAUGAAAGGUUAAAAUAUAUAACUUCAUCACCAGAAAACUUGGCUCUUUUUGUUAGAACCCUUGGCAAGGAAAAUUUGUGUUUGGUAUCUAUAAUUUUUUCCCCAAGCGUUUUUUACUACCCAUCAGAUAUAGAUGGGUCUAAAUUGUUUCAAAGUGAGAUUAACGAAAAUUUAAUGGAAUUAGCUAAAGUAUUAUGGAAAAUAACUCCAUAUUUCCAUAAAUUAAAGAUUUUCUUUAUAACACCAAGCUUAUCUAACAAUUUGAGAUUAAAUGACAUUGAUUCUAAUACCAAUUUAGAAAUACUAACAUCCAAUAUCAUUAAAGGCUUGUAUAAGUCUUUGUUGAUUGGAAAUACGAACAAACAUAAAGUAUACUUAAUUAACCUAGGGUUACUAUCAUUCUCUAGAGGAUCAAAUUUGGCCAAUUAUAAAUAUUUAAACGUUCCUCAUGACAAUGCCGCGGAUAGCUUUUGGUUUGAUGAAUACUUUAACAUAAGUGGAUCUAACAUCCAGGAGAAUUUGUUGAAUCCAAUUGCCAAUUUAAUUAUGUGCAGAUCAUAUUAUUAUAUUUUUCGCAAUGGGGUCAACAGUGUUUGGUAUUGUGGUAAGGGUGCGUAUAUUUCAAAAAUUUUUGGAUGCAAAUUUAUUUUACAAGUUUAUAAUUUGUUUGAUAAUAUAGGUAACAAAAUUAGAAGAACAAGUCGAAAAUUCCUUUCUACUUAUUUUUUAUGA